CGGUAUCUCACCUCAGCUCACAGCCAACGGUAACUAUCGCGCCCUGCUUCUCACGUCCCCCACCUUUCCCCGUCCCCUGUUGUUACAUUGGCUCCCAGUUCGGAUUGGCCUCAAGCGCUGAGCUUCGGCGCAAGGAUUGGUGAUUGGGAACUGGGUGCGUGCCGCUGCUACGUUUGCUGGAACCUCGUGUUUUGCUGGGCCAGCCAGUCGACCACACGAGCGUGCAAGCGGCAGCGUUGCAUCCGAUUUGCACCCUGCGCUGCACCGUUCCGUCGAGGGUACUCUGCCAUCAGCCAAUCUUGCCAUCCCAGCACCCGGCGGACGGUUACUUAGCUGCCUGCAACCCUCUUGUUACUCGCUUCGCGCUUUAGCCGUGCGGAAUCCGAGCGGACACUGCAUUUCGGUACCUGUGUUAAAUCUGCCGCGUCCGUCGCCUCUCGGCGAUUUCUCCCUGCGCUCUCCCCCACGCGUUUCCUCGACACCAAUCUCGGUCGCCGGAUUGCCCUCUCCGUCCACAGCGGGACAGACCAUCCAGCAGCCACUGUCGGCAUCGUAACGACCAGCAAAAAUGGCGGACGCCAAGCAAGCCCCCGAGACGGCGACGGCGGCGCCCGAGCUGAGGAGCGACCCCGGCGAGCCGAUCCAGCGCCCGCCAGGAUGGAUGUACAAGGGUUUCAAGGUCGGCAAGAAGGAGCUGUGGUAUGCGUCGCCGAUUGUGCAGCUCCUCCUCGUCGCCAUGGUUUGCUUCCUCUGUCCCGGCAUGUUUAACGCCCUCGGCGGCUUGGGCGGCGGUGGACAGGUGGACAAGACGGCUCAGGACGACGCCAGCACCGCCCUGUACUCUACCUUCGCUGUUGUCGGCUUCUUCUCCGGCACCAUCGCCAACAUGCUCGGCGUGAAGGCAACCCUCGCAUUCGGUGGUCUCGGCUACUGCAUCUACGCCGCCAGCUUUCUGUCAUACAACCACAACCAGAACCGCGGCUUUGUCGUCUUCGCCGGCGCGUUCCUCGGUAUCACUGCCGGCCUGUUGUGGACGGCGCAAGGGACCAUCAUGGUCAGCUACCCCCCGGAGAGCAAGAAGGGCCGCUACAUCUCCUACUUCUGGAUCAUUUUCAACCUCGGCGCCGUCAUCGGCGCCCUGGUGCCUCUCGGCCAGAACGUCAACGCCACCGGCAACACCAACGUGACGGACGGCACGUACAUCGGCUUCAUCGUCCUGAUGAUCUGCGGCGCGCUCCUCGCGCUCGCCCUGUGCAAUGCCGACAAGGUCCGCCGCGAGGACGGCAGCAAGGUCAUCCUGAUGAAGAACCCGAGCUGGCUCACCGAGAUCAAGGGCCUGUUCGAGACCAUCACGACGGCGCCGUGGGUUAUCCUGCUGUUCCCCAUGUUCUUCGUCUCCAACAUCUUCUACACGUACCAGCAGAACGACAUGAACGGCGCCCACUUCAACACGCGCACCCGCGCGCUCAACAACUUGCUGUACUGGACGAGCCAGAUUUUCGGCGCCGUCUUGUUCGGCUUUUCCUUGGACACCGCCAGUGUCCGCCGCUCCAUCCGAGCCAAGGUCAGCUUUAUCGUGCUUUUCUCCAUCACCUUCGUCAUCUGGGGUGGUGGGUAUGCCUGGCAGAAGAAGCAGACCCCGCGGGAGAUCGCCGACGACCCGAACUCCGGGGAUUACAAGGUCGAUUGGACCGAUGGCGGCGAGCUGUUCAUCGGUCCCAUGUUCCUGUACAUGUUCUACGGCUUCUUCGAUGCCGCGUGGCAGUCGUGCAUCUACUGGUACAUCGGCGCACUCAGCAACUCGGGCCGCAAGGCUGCGAACCUGACGGGCUUCUACAAGGGCAUCCAGUCGGCCGGCGCCGCGGUCUUCUGGCGCCUGGACGGUCUUGGCACGAGCUUUAACACCAUGUUUGGUGCCACCUGGGGCCUCGUGGCUGGCUCGCUCGUGAUUGCCGCGCCUGUCAUCUUCCUGCGCAUCAAGGACACGGUCCCGCUGGAGGAAGAUCUCAAGUUCAGCGACGAGACGGUGGAGGACGUGGCACCUGCGAAGGACGUCACCGUGCUGGGGAAGGAAAGCGCGGUUUGAGUGCACUGGACCGCGUCGAUCGUGAAGCGUGCUGAAGACGGCAGGCCUGGCGCUUGCUGGGAUAUCAGUUGGCGUUUGCGAUCUUUGAUGUCUUUUGCGAUGAGCUUCUGAUACCAAAGGAUACGUGUAUGUGGAACUAAUGCACGCCGCAUGCGUCUUCGCGGCUACUUCUCUUUUCUGAGCACCGCC